AUGGCUGCUUAUUCAUGCGUCUUAAGAGCUGAAUCUGCGGGCCUUUCCGGUGCCUCAAUUGAACGAGCUAAGCUACUUUGGCGCACCGGUAAGCAAGAAGCUGCUUUGGCAUGUCUGGAGAAAGCAAUACCCCACUUGAUGAUGCUCUCGCCCACGUCGAAUACAGCCUGUUCCGAAAACUCUGUGGCGGAACUAGAUGGUGACAUUGGUACAAAAGGACAAUGCCGAAUUCGUUUUGAGCGUAGAAUCUGCACUCAUCAGGUAUCCUAA